ACACUGAGAAGUCAUAUGGCUUGCCCGAGGCCACAGAGCUGGUGUCUGGGCCAUACUGACUUUUGGCCUGGAGGUCACUACUCUGGGAGAGGAGGUAAGCGAGGAGCCCGUCUCGGCUUGGGGCGGCGAUGUUCCUUAAGAAGCUCAAGCCCCGGCUCUGCGGGACUGCUGGCAUUUUCCCAGGCACAGCUGCGCUCCCUAACCCACGGCACGGAGGAAGAGACAGAAAAUGUGUCUUUACUUCCAGGGGGCCCCGUCGUCCGGGGGCCGGCCAUGCUGGUGACUGCCUACAUUGCCUUUGUGGUCCUCCUGGCCUCCUGCCUGGGGUUGGAGCUGUCAAGAUGCCGGGCUAAGCCCUCUGGAAGAGCCUGCAGCAACCCCUCCUUCGUUCGGUUUCAACUGGACUUCUAUCAGGUCUACUUCCUGGCCCUGGCAGCUGACUGGCUCCAGGCCCCCUACCUCUAUAAACUCUAUCAGCAUUAUCACUUCCUGGAGGGACAAAUUGCCAUCCUCUAUGUCUGCGGCCUUGCCUCCACAGUCCUCUUUGGACUGGUGGCCUCCUCCCUUGUGGAUUGGCUGGGUCGCAAGAAGUCUUGUGUCCUCUUCUCCCUCACUUACUCUCUCUGCUGCUUAACCAAACUCUCUCGGGACUACUUUGUGCUGCUGGUGGGCCGAGCACUUGGUGGGCUGUCCACAGCCCUGCUCUUCUCGGCCUUUGAGGCCUGGUACAUCCAUGAGCACGUGGAACGGCAUGACUUCCCUGCAGAGUGGAUCCCGGCUACCUUUGCCCGAGCUGCCUUCUGGAAUCAUGUGCUGGCUGUAGUGGCAGGUGUGGCAGCUGAGGCCGUGGCCUGCUGGAUGGGCCUGGGGCCUGUAGCGCCCUUUGUGGCUGCCAUCCCUCUCUUGGCUCUGGCUGGGGCCUUGGCCCUUCAUAACUGGGGAGAGAACUAUGAUCGGCAGCGUGCCUUCUCAAGGACCUGUGCUGGGGGCCUGCGCUGCCUCCUGUCGGACCGUCGUGUGCUGCUGUUAGGCACCAUCCAGGCCCUGUUUGAGAGUGUCAUCUUCAUCUUUGUCUUCCUCUGGACGCCUGUGCUGGACCCACAUGGGGCCCCGCUGGGCAUCAUCUUCUCCAGUUUCAUGGCAGCCAGCCUGCUCGGCUCUUCUCUGUACCGCAUCGCUACCUCCAAGAGGUACCACCUUCAGCCCGUGCACCUAGUCUCCCUCGCUGUCCUCAUCGUCGUCUUCUCCCUCUUCAUGUUGACCUUCUCUACCAGCCCAGGCCAGGAGAGUCCAGUGGAGUCCUUUAUAGCCUUCCUUCUUAUCGAAUUGGCCUGUGGGCUGUACUUUCCCAGCAUGAGCUUCCUGCGGAGAAAGGUGAUCCCUGAGACAGAGCAAGCUGGUGUCCUCAACUGGUUCCGGGUGCCCCUGCACCUACUGGCCUGCCUGGGGCUUCUGGUCCUCCAUGACAGCGAUCGCAAAACGGGCACUCGGAACAUGUUCAGCAUCUGCUCCGCCGUUAUGGUGAUGGCUCUGCUGGCGGUGGUGGGGCUCUUCACCGUGGUCAGGCAUGAUGCUGAGCUGCGGGUGCCCUCACCCACUGGGGAGCCCUAUGCCCCUGAGCUCUAAUCCUGUUCCAGGACGAGGGAGCUGGGAUGGACCCUUGAAUCCCACCUCUCCAGGGCUGUACAGAUCUCUCUGUGACUCUGCGACUAUCUGGCCCCUCAUCCUGUCCUGGGGCCCCUCCUGCCAGUGCUUUGGGUUGGGAAGCACAUGGGGGUGAUGGCCUGGAAAGAAGAUGCCAAAAGUUGCCUCUGUGUCACUCCCUUCCCCCUUUCUACUUAAAAAUAAACACUUUUAAUUGAUCA